AUGAAGCCUCUUGUAUGGCCUCUCCUGCUCUUGCAGGUCUUCUCGCCAGUAUGGGCAGAUGCGAAUCGCGAACACACCACAGCGGCCGCAACAGACAUAGUCAACGGCCAUGAGACUGGUCAGUCUUACCGAGAGCCCGGCGCGGACCACGUCGAUGCCGCCAUUGCGAAACUGCACGAGAUACAUCCUCCAUCCCACCACCACCAAAGGCGGAAGAAACCUGGAAUAUUGGGCACUAUCGGGCAACUCGCAUGGAAAGCUGUCCCGAGUCUGCGUAUGAGCGCCCCGCCGUCAGAGGAUGGCAGCAGCAGCAGCAACCACAAAGUGAUGGAUGCGCGGCUCGUCGAUGCCGUCAAGCACCUCGAGGCAGCUACGCACAAGAACAACUCCGACGCACUUUAUCUUCUGGGACACAUGAACUUCUAUGGCAACUAUACCCACCCAAAGGACUUUAAGAAAGCCUUCGAUUAUUUCCAGCAGCUCUCGACCCUGAAUGGAAACAGCUCGGCCAUGUACAUGGUCGGUCUCAUGUAUUCCACGGGGGUCGGGGGCUCCGUGCAGCGGGACCAGGCCAGGGCGUUGUUAUACUACACCUUCGCGGCGCUCAAGGGACACACUAGAGCUGAGAUGACCCUGGCAUCCCGGCAUCACACUGGCGUGGGCACCCCAAAGAGCUGCGAGACGGCUUGCAAGUACUACAAAAACGUCGCGGAUAAGGUCAUGGAAUGGUACCGAUCGGGGCCGCCCGGUGGCAUGAGCUGGAGUAGAGAGGCCUCUCAUAUCGCUGACGACUUUGGUGGCUUAUACGGCGAGGGAGCAAGUGUUUCCAGCUCUGGAAUCAAUGCCGUUCGACACCAUCCUCACUCGGAUGCCUAUGCCUCUAUCGAAGACAUCAUUGAGUAUCUGGAUUUGAUGUCGAACAAGGGCGACUUCAAGUCGUCCUUCAACCUUGGCCGCAUUUACUAUGAGGGGCAGAGAGGCUUGGAGCGAAACCUCGGCAUGGCCGCCAAGUACUUUUUCAUGGUGGCCAAGAAGUAUUGGAAGCCUAACGGGCGUAUUGAGGAGAAUUUCAAACCGGGCCUCGACAAGAUCGCAGCUAAAGCCGCGGGCUACCUCGGCCGCAUGUAUAUGCGUGGCGAGGGCGUGCAGCAGGACUUCGACAGGGCAAGGUUCUGGUUCGACCGUGGCAUCUCCCACGCCGAUGCGCAAUCCCAGUUCUGUCUGGGAUUGAUGUUGUUGAGGGGAUAUGGAGUCUCCAAAAACAUUGGAAAGGCUACUGACCUUUUCAAGGCAUCAGCGGACCAGGACUAUGCCCUGUCACAGGUCCAGCUCGGUGUCCUGUUCCUUGACCGUGGACAGCCAGACGACGUGCGAGUGGCGAAUGACUACUUUGAGCUCGCCGCUAGAUACGGCAACAUUGAGGCCCAGUACUACCUCGCAGAAAUGAUCCACCAUGGUAUUGGCAGAGACAAGGCCUGCGCUCAGGCGAUGGGUCUGUACAAGACGGUAGCAGAGAAGGCCGAGCCGUUGGUGUCGGCGUGGAAUGAGGCAAACAACGCCUACGAAGAUGGCGACUACGAGCUUGCAUUCCUGGGUUACUUACAUGCAGCUGAAGAGGGUUACGAAUCCGCCCAAAACAACGUGGCCUAUCUGCUCGACGCGAGGCAGUCGAUGCUGUCCAACGUUCUUGGAAUCGGGGAGAGCAGGUCUUCUCUGAUGGAUAACCCUGCACUUGCGCUCAUUUACUACACACGAUCAUCGAGACAGGGCAACAUGGACUCGCUGGUCAAAAUGGGCGACUACUACCUGGACGGCAUCGGGACUGACCUCGAUAUCGACAAGGCUGUUAAGUGCUAUACGGGCGCCUCUGAGUAUCACCAGUCGGCUCAAGCCCUGUUCAAUCUUGGCUGGAUGCAUGAGAAUGGGGUGGGGCUGGACCAAGACUUCCAUCUGGCCAAGCGUUACUAUGAUCUUGCCCUCGCUACCAACGAGGAGGCAUAUCUCCCAGUAAAGCUCAGCCUACUCAAGCUGCGCGCAAGAAGCUAUUGGAACACGGUGACACAUGGGCGGAUCAACUCAAUCCAAGACGAGCCAGAAAACAAGAAAGACUGGUCCUUCAGCGAAUGGGUCAACAAUUUCAUCCAGGACGACGGAUAUUUCUAUGACGACGUCAUGUACGAUGAUAUAUACGACGACACCAUGCCGGGAGGCGACGCACCGCACUAUCCUGGUGCGGAGGAUGACGGGGUCGUAGAUACGCUGAUCAUCAUGUCGCUGGCCAUGGCGCUUGCGUUCGUCGUCUACUACAGACAACACCGGGAGCGGGCUGAGCAGGCUCGGAGGCAGAGAGAGCAGCAGCAGGCGCAAGGGCAACAGCAGGGAGGAAACGCUGGUGCUGCUGCUGUUGCUAAUAAUAACGGCGCUGCCGCGCAGCCUCCAGCGAACCCUGCGUUUGAGGACUGGGUCGCUGGCGGAGUUCCUUUUUAG